AGAGAUGAAUAGUUAUUUGGGUUGUCAGGUGUCAGGAGCAAACUCGAUUUUACACGUCUAGGCUAUGGAUAAUUCUGGUUGGAAUUUUCUUGCGACUUUUAGACCGUAAUGAGUAUUCGUGUUCUUUUUGUGUGUGUUUUUUUAAAUGGCAUUUAACGCUCGUGGCCCCUAGACAAGCAAACAGGCCCAAAUUGUCUCUGUAAAGCAAAUUUAGCCUACUAAAAUUGUGUGUUUCAGAGAAAAACUACAACAGGACACAAGAAGCCUGAAAGGCCAGUCAUAUAGCCUAUCUACUUUAAGACAUCCUCUUUCAACAGACUUAAAGAGCGUUGGAUGGAAAUACACACAGAGUAGGCUAGGCUACAGGAAGGAGAACCACAUACAGUCGGACUGUAGCACGAGCUUGACACCACCUGAACUACUACGUGCUUCAGAAACACAGCUGAUUUUGGAGUUUAUCGAACCCUCUAUAUGCGACGCUGUCCACCAUUGAUCUUCAAAAUGAGUACGAUACUUCUGAGUAACUUUGUGAAGGUUUUUUUAUGCUGGAAUGUAUUUUACCUACACGUUUACGCACAGGUUCAUCCAGAGGUCGGACUCACAGCACAGGAGCAGAUGUACUUACUGUAUGAUGUCAAAGUCGAGUGCCAUCAGAACAUCUCCACACACAACCCUGCAGAUGACCUUUGUCCCCCUGGCUGGGACGGUCUGAUCUGUUGGCCUCAGGGAUCCCCCGCAGCGCUAACCAAGGUCCCCUGCCCCAGCUACAUCUACGACUUCAACCAUCAAGGCCAUGCAUACAGGAAAUGUGAUGUCAACGGUUCCUGGGUUUCUGUGGAGUGGUUGAACCGAACGUGGUCCAAUUAUUCUGACUGCUUAAGAUUCCUUUUACCUGGUCAAGAGGAGGAAAAGGACUUCUUUGACCGGCUGUACGUCAUGUACACCAUUGGAUAUGCGCUGUCCUUCAUCUCUCUUCUAGGGGCCAUUGUCAUCAUAGGCUACUUCAGACGCCUCCACUGCACUAGGAACUACAUCCACAUGCACCUAUUUGUGUCCUUCAUGCUGCGUGCCGCCAGCAUCUUUGUCAAAGACAAGGUGGUCCACACCAACGGAGGUCUGCAGGAGUUUGACACUGCUCUCAUGGACAACUACAAGACCAUCUCUGCUAUGCCCGUUGACAACUCCCAGUUUGUUGGAUGCAAGAUCACUGUGCUGCUCUUCAUUUACUUCCUGGCAACCAACUACUACUGGAUCCUGGUAGAGGGGCUGUACCUCCACAGCCUCAUCUUCAUGGCCUUCUACUCGGACACCAAAUACCUGUGGGGCUUUACCCUGAUUGGAUGGGGUGUCCCUGCUCUCUUUGUCGCCGCCUGGGCUGUUGUCCGGGCAACGCUGGCAGACGCACGAUGCUGGGAGUUAAGUGCGGGUAACAUUAAAUGGAUCUAUCAAGUUCCCAUCCUUACAGCCAUUGGUCUCAACUUUAUUUUGUUUGUGAAUAUUGUGCGAGUGCUGGCCACAAAAAUCAGAGAGACAAAUGCUGGGAGAUAUGACACUCGGAAGCAAUGCAGGAAACUGGCUAAGUCCACUCUAGUGCUGGUGCUGGUGUUCGGGGUCCACUACAUAGUGUUUGUGGGCAUGCCACACUCGUUCAAAGGGGUCGGAUGGGAGGUCCGAAUGUACUGUGAGCUCUUUUUCAACUCUUUCCAGGUGCUCGCUUUCACCCCAAUUGGGGAUCCUGUUUUGGAUUGCAUGUAACUGAUCUGUCAUAUAUUGCCCAUUGCUAAUAGCUUUUGAACUGUAGAA